GCUAGGCCUAAUUAAUAAUUAUUUUUAAAAGAAAAAAUUUAUUUCUGACAUUGGCUGAUGGAAUCCAGGAGGAAUAGGGUUUGGCAUAGGCCUCAUACUGCUGUAGCAGCAAAAGACAAAAUGAUAUCUAGACUUGUACUGUCUAGAAUUGUUCAAAUUACCUCAUUGAGAUGUUUGAUGCUGACAGUCAUUGUUUACUUGUUUCUGGUUUGGCUAGGAUUUAGACAAUUAGAAAGCAAUGUAACCAACAUGAAAAAAUCUGGCCAAAUAUUUCUGCCCAAUAUAAAUGAGAAUGGCAGUCUGCAGCUAUAUGCUAAUGAAGAGUGUCAUGGCCUUCACAUUCCUGUCAGUAGUUAUAGAAGAAAUUUUAGUCUAAAUAUAACAGCACUAAGAGCUGACAUCUGCCCAGUGCAAGCAAGACCACUAAAAGCAAACAUUCAGGUAGAGAAAGAAUGGGAUUCUAUCAGUGUUAACUACCCCCAGUACGUGUACACUGUCAGUGGGUGGAUCCAGGUGAUUAGUGUCCCCAACUAUGACACAUCUCAGCCGCUGAGGGUCAUCAUUGUUCCACAUUCACACCAGGACCCAGGGUGGAAGGAGACUUUUGAUGGCUAUUUUCACAGUUAUACAAGAAAUACCCUGGAAAAUAUAGUCAAAUAUUUAGAUGCAAAUCCAAAGUGGAAAUUUCUUUGGUCUGAAGUUUCCUAUUUGGAGAAGUGGUUCAGUGUGCCAGAUCAAGGGAAGGAAGUCUUCAAAAAGCUAGUUGCCAAUGGGCAGAUUGAGAUAGUGAGUGGUGGGUGGGUCAUGACAGAUGAGUCUGUUGCACACUACACGGCAAUGUUGGACCAGUUAAUAGAAGGUCACAUGUGGCUUCAUCAGCAUUUUGGAAUAACACCCAACACAUCGUGGUCCAUAGAUCCAUUUGGUCACUCCCCAACAAUGACAUACUUCCUCAAAAAAUCUGGCAUUAAUCAUAUGGUAAUACAAAGAGUGCAUUUUGGCAUCAAAAGAAAUUUUGCCAAAAGAAGAAAUUUAGAAUUCAUGUGGCGACAGGCUUGGGACUCUGAUGGUAGUACAGGUGUGUUGUGUCACAUAAUGCCCUUCCUGCUUUAUGCCAUCCAUUAUUCAUGUGGCCCUGACCCUCAUGUGUGUUGCCAGUUUGACUUCCAUUCUGAUAAAUGUUUUAGAGGUACAGAAACAGUUUCAAAACUUACGGUGGAUGACACCAACAUUAGAAAACUUGCUUGGGCUCUCUGGGAACAAUACAGGAAGAAAGCUUUUCUCUAUCGUAAAAAUGUCAUCCUCGUACCCCAUGGGGAUGAUUUCCGCUACAGCUCAGAAAGUGAGUGGACGCAACAGUUUGGGAAUCUGAUCAAGUUAAUGGAGUACAUGAAUAAAGAUAAAGACAUGAACAUAAAGAUUGAGUUUGGUACUCUGUCAGAUUAUUUCAAAGCUCUAGAGGCUGAGGGUGGUGAAUCCAAAUCUGAAUCUUUUCCCUCUUUGACCGGGGAUUUCCUCCCUUACAAUGAUAGAGAUGACCAAUACUGGACAGGAUUUUACUCAGUGCGGCCAUUGCUGAAACACAUGGGCAGAGUUCUACAGGCAAAGACAAGAAUUACAGAGAUUCUGUUUUCUUUGAUCCUGGCUCAAACACCUGCCUUGACCAGGCAGGCGUACACCAAACACGAGGAAAUCAUCGUUGAAGCUCGUAGAACGGUUGGCUUGUUUCAGCACCAUGACGCCAUUACAGGAACCAGUAAAAGUAUUGUUAUGGCAGAUUAUGGAGGAAGACUGCAAGCCACAAUGAGUAAAGUUGAUAGCCUUCUCUCAUGGUUAAUGUUGAACAGCGUGCUCAAACAAGUUGAAAGGUUUCCUGACCUGCAGCCAAAUACAAUUUUUUUUACAGAAGAGUGGAACUCAAGAACUUCACCACCAGUUUUAAAAAUUAGCCAGUUUAAAGGGAAAUGGUUUGUUAUAGUUGUGAAUGCACUAACUGUAGAUUGGACAGCUCCAAUAACCAUUCGAACAUCUACUCCUACCAUUGUUAAAACAAGGACAGGAAGUCUAGUUCCAAGCCAGAUAAAUCCAGUUUUAGGACCUGGGUUACAGGCUGUGGCAGGCAUUUAUGAUGUUGUGUUUCUAGCCAGUCUCCCAGGCCUUAGUGUUGAAGUCUUUGAACUCACUGUUGAUGCUUCUUCUGCUAAUUACGCCAGUCUUACUUUGUUUGGAAAUGGAUUGCAUACUGAGUCAUUUAAUAUUGAAUUCAAAGCCAAGACCUCAGGGAAAGAAAUUAUUGAAAUAGAAAACACACUGUUAAAAGCUAUAUUUUCUUCUUGCACAGGGACUCUACAGCAUGUCUUAAGAAGAUCAGAUGAUGUAAUUUAUCAGACCACCAUACAAAUGAUGACGUAUGGAACUGGAUCAUGGUACAAUCCAUUUAAAGACAAAAGUGGAGCCUACAUCUUCAUGCCCGAUGGCCAAGCCAAAGAGAUAAAAAGCCACCACCCAAGUAUAGUCCUAUUGAAAGGCCCUGUUGUGUCUAGUGUGGUAACAAAAUUAAGUGGAGUUCGCCACACAGUUUCACUCUACAAUGUUACAGGCCCAAUGGGAUCAGGGGUUCACAUUGAUAACCUGGUUGACAUUUCAUCCAAGGAAUGGGAAAACAAGGAGCUAGUCAUGAGGAUCACAACAGAUGUUCUAAGUCAGGACUCCUCUGUUUGUGUGGACCUAAAUGGCUUUCAGAUGCAUAAAAAGAAAUGGAGAUCAAAAUUUUUGAUUCAGGGAAAUUUUCAUCCCAUGACUUCCAUGGCUUUUAUAGAAGAUGGGAAAUUAUCACGUAUGACGUUAAUUACAUCUGAAAGUCAUGGAUUUGCUUCCCUUAAACCUGGUUCAAUGGAAGUUAUCCUUGACAGAAGGUUGAUGCAGGAUGAUUGGCGUGGGUUGAAUGAGGGUCCUCACGACAACACGGAAAACCCCAGCAGAUUUAUCUUGGUGCCUGAGAGACGAGAUAGUCAGGGACAGACCAAAGGACCUGUUUGCUAUCCAUCUAUGUUAGCCCAUCUGCUAUCUUCUCACCUCAACAACCCACCACAAGCUGCAUUCUUUGAAGAUCCUAAAAGGCAAUUUGCUGAAAGUUCCAGUUUUCUUCAAGAACCCUGGCCAUGCCUGUACAAGCUGUUGAACCUUAGGAAGAUGCACACUCCCCCUGAUUCAAGCCUCAAGUCAUUGAUGGUCCUCCACAGGGUUGGUCUAGACUGUAACUACAGACAGGUCCAUAUGGACUGCAAUAUGCAGAAGGCUGUAAAUCUGAAUAGUUUCAAAGAUGUUCAUAUUAAAUCAGCGGUGGAGACUACUCUAACUGGUGUUAAAGAGUUAAGGCCCCUGACUGAUUUAAAGUUGGAAGUAAAAGAUAUGGAAAUCAAAAGUGUGAUUGUGACUCUCACUUAGUUCAACCACAAACAAAACCUAUUGUGUCAUUUUCAUGUUUAUUCAAGAUAUGCUUAUGAUGUUUAGAUGUUUUUUAAUUGAAAUUAUGCUUCUAACUGCGAGAUUCUUGCUUCAAAACUGUGAUUAUAUUUUAUUAUUGAGUUUGUUGAUUUUAUGCAAAGGAGCCGUCAAUGUAGUUGUUUUACAGUGAUCAGUAUUAAAAUAUAAAUUGUAUCAUUUAAUUGUUACACUUAGGGCAUUAAUGACUUCUUGUCAUUUAAAAGCACAUUAGUAUGUAAUCCUGUGUGAAUGUAUGACUUUAAGUGUUUAUAUUUAAUGAUGUUCCGUUUGUUGAUCAUGGUACCUUCACUAUCAAACUGCCUUGAAUUUUUAUUGCUUAUUAUGUUUCUGUAUGUUGACCUAGCAUACUUUGUUGGUAUUGUAGGGGAAUGUAGUGUUUUUGUGAAACAUCUUUUAUAAAUAUAUCAAAUGUAUUAUAGUAUUUUAACACAUUCCCUUCACAUUUUUAAGCACUGUUCUUGAAAUUAUUACAUUGAUAUCAUCUGUCAGUUUUAAUCAUUAUUGAUUAGUUCAGUAAAUUCAUGAUUGAGUGAGUGUAUUCGCAACAAAUUUUAAAACAUUAAAUUUAUAGUACAUGUCCAAAAUGUAUUGAAACAGUAAUAGCACAAUGACUAUUGCUUCCGACUGUAAAUUUUGUGACCAUUGCUUCUGUUUGUGGAAUUGUGACCAUUGCUUCUGACUGCUGGUCAAGACCAGCUGUAUGGGAAUGCAAAUAUUAUGAGAACAAAAGCUUGUAUCAAGUGUCUCUACACUCUAGUCUUGUUUUAGUCCAUAUUUUUUUAAACUGUUUCUUGUUAGCUGUUAUUGUAACUCCUUGUUUGUUGUGUAAUUUUUACCAACACUUUCAAAGGAAUUUCAUUUAUGUUUAACAUGAUUUUAAGUUAUUUAUAAAUUUUGUCAUAUCAAUUUUUCUGAUUUUUUGUGUUUAUGUAAGUUUCAAUUUUAAAUAUUUAAAAAUCAAAGGUCUAAUGCUAUCUAAAAUCAUUUUAAAAGGAUCUUUGAUGAUGCAUAUUAGGGUGUAUGGUGUAAUGUUUUGUGUAUACUUUUUUUUCUGACGUUGGUCCAUAAGGCUCAUGAAAUUAUCUUUUUCUUUGGCCUCAGCGUGUAAAGAAAUUGUGUGACCUGCAAUCUUUACUUUCCCUUUACAGGCAAAAGUAUCAAAUAGUAGUAGACUGAUGAAUGUUCUAUAGAAUAAACUCAGUAGGAUUGGAUUAAGUCACGUUCAACCCUGUUUGAUCACACAGCCUAUUAAAUGGCUUUUUCAUGUUAUGCAUUUUUUAAAAUUAUUUUUGUACUUUGAAUAAUUUUCUUAACACAAUGAGAUGUCAAAAUAUCAAAUGCCUUAGUUUUUUAAGACUAUAGAGAUUUUGAUGUCAAUUACUGCACUUUUUGAAAUUAAAAGUUGGAGCCUCAACAAUAAUACUGUAAUUAUUACCCUUGGUGGGUACCUAUUUUAGCUGAGUUGCUCACUGAUGGGCAUCACCAGUGUUUGAAAAUAUUGCUUUUGUCUGAAAAUAAUUCUUCUUGCUGUAUUUAAUUCUU